UAAAUUAGAUAAAAACUACCUAUAAAGCAAUUUUUCUUUGAUCAUACCAGUUUUUAAGAUCCACUUAAAGAAUACACCUUUACUGGACAGUAUUUAAAAAAAGGACUCGUCCUUUUUAAAAAAAUCUUUCAUCACAGUAUAGUUUCCGGCAUUUUGGAAUAGAACUAAUCCAUACCGUAUGGAUGUCGUAAAAGGCCUAAGGGAAAAGCUAAGAAACUUGCAGGCAACCUGUUACAAUUUAAAUCUCUAUUCUACCAUAAAGGCAAACAGGUGAUUUGUCUACCCCGCAGGGGAUAUAGACGUGGCUGUAUGUAUGUAUCACAGUUUAUAAAAUUCUUAGCUCUGAUAAAGCUUUUUUAUUAGAGAACUAGCUGUUGCUCGCGACUUUGUCCGCCUUAAAUCUAUAAAUCAAUUUAUGUUAAUCUAAUAUUUAUGGGAUACACGUAAUUUUUGCAUAAAAGACGAAUCCUUACAAACAUUCGCACUUUUAUUAGUAUUUUAAGUCAACCAGGAUCUCUUUUCGGCCUGUUUACGACACAAAGCUCAGAGACGCUGUUUAUUAUUAGAACUCUUAUUGCCUAUAGCUCUCAGUUCUAGAUCACUAUAAUAACUACUAAGAACCAAGCAAAAUUUGUUAGGUAAGUGGUGUAAUUAGUCAUGCAAAGUAACAAAAAUCUUAAAAUAUAUUUAAUGCCAAAACAUAGUUAACUGUAAACAAAAUGGCAAAUGAUCGUUAUCAACUAAUCAAACGAACAAUUAUGAAUUAGCGGUUUACACGUCAAUACAUAAACAAUAGGAAGAGUAGAAACGUAUAUUGAAUAUUUCCAAUUUAAUAAAUGUAAUGUAUUAUCAAUAGAACUAGUAUCAUGAUAAGUACAUAGUCUUCGAUAAUCUUCCACGCAUACGAACAACAGCUACUGUAUAAUAAUAAAAAAAACUAUUGAUAUUGCUGCAAAGAGAAUUUGUAGGUACUAAGAGUCGCUGCCUGUUACCUACAACCCCUUAGAAACUCCAUGGUGACGGUGCCCGCGGGCGACACGAGUGUGGGGUACAGAGAAUAUUUAUAUCAAAGAAAAGGGAUAUCAUUUCAAGUUAAUGGAUCUAUUAUUUAACCCAUCAAUCAAACUAGACUAUAAAAGGAAAGAUAAGUAUUGCACCUCCUUUAGUAGUCUAGUGUAAUUUGUGAAGCAGAGAUGGUAAGUCAAUUCCAUGAAACCGCUAAAAUAGGAAGAUCAACAUAAAUUAUAUAUAAGUUUAGAGAUUUGCAGAUUCCUAAGAAGUGUAUAAUAUCGUAAUAUUUUAAAUAAUUUGUUAUCUUUAUAUAGGCUGACAUGAAAUUCAUGAUCAGCAUUUUUAUUCUAAAAAAAAUAUUAAAACGUCUAUAAAGAACAAAAUCAAAUAAAAAAAUAUUUCAAAUGAGGGCAGCACUACACCGUUGAAAAAUGUGAAACCGCUUGAGGUUGCUAGCCCAUCGCCUAAAUGAAGAAUCCUAAGUUUAUAAGCCCCCUUAGUGACCUUUUACAUGUUUACAUAGUUAUUUACUUUUUAUACAUAUUGCUUCUUUUAUUUUUUUUUAAAUUCUUUAUGCAAAUGUGACGUAGUUUAGAAAGUAUAAGUAAUAAGUACAACAAUAACGCCAUAAAUUUUUAUUAAAAAUUAAGGACUAAGGGAUAGGCUUACAAACUUGGGAUUCUUUUUUAGGCGACAGGCUAGCAACCUGUCACUAUUUGAAUCUCAAUUCUAUCAUUAAGCCAAAUAGCUGAACGUGGCCUUCAGUCUUUUCAAGACUGUUGGCUCUGUCUACCCCGUAAGGGAUAUAGACGUGAUGAUAUGUAUGUAUGUAAAAAUAAAAAUACUUAACUUACUCAAAUCUUAACGUUUACCAAAUCACCGAUUACAAAAUAGAUUCGUAGAAACCGAUUUUACUCGUUCAUGGAACCAAUUUGGCAAUAUCUGCACAGUAUUAAGUUCACUACUUGCAAAAUGUUAACUAAACAUUUUUAAUUUAAACUUUUUCCUUUUUCAGGCAGCAAAAUCUUUCAUUACCAUUACAAUGUGUUGUGGGGUUAUAAUAGGAAUUCAAACAGUUUUGGCAUCAACACUAAGGAGAACUUCGGAUAUUGAUGAAUAUAUGAUAAGAGACCAAAAAACUCGAAGAAGGCAAAACUAUAUCGAGGAAUCGGCAUUAGAAAAAGAUUUAUUCGAAAAUAUCAAUGACAUUUUACCUCUCAAACAAUUCGAUCCAGAUGAGACAGAAGAACAACCAUCGCUCACAGUAGAUUAUGCCAAUAUGAUAAGAAACGAUAUAAUUCUGUUAGACAACUCAGUUGAAACAAGAACUAGAAAGAGAGGAAAUAUAAAAGUGGAAAAAAACAAUCAAGCGUUACCAGACUUUGACUGUAACUGCGAAAUUGAUAAUAAACCACAAGAUUUAGGUGUUAACGCUUUUCCACGCUUUAUACAAAAUAAAACGUGCAGUGAACAAAAAUGUCAUCCUGCUUACUUGUGUCAGCCAAGUAUAUACUACUUCAAAAUUUUGAAGAGAAAGGAGCGUAAGUCACAGAAACAAGAGCCGCAAUUAGAAAGGCAAAUACCAGAGGAACUGAAGCACAGAUUUGUGAUAGAAGAACAUCCUGUUAUUACAGCAUGUAUUUGUACUAGGGACUAUAUUCUAUACUAGAAUAGUACAUCAUGUUAUAGUAAUCAAAUAGAAGACAUUAAAAAACCUAUAUUUUCUUACUACCUCAAAUUUGUACCAUAAUUCAAAGAUAAAAAAUAAAAGUGAUAUAAAAACUACAGUAAUUUGUUUUUUCAAUAUUUAUUUAAAUAAACUUAAUGUAGGUAACAUAUUUAUUAUGCACUUGAAUCACUGUACAGUAAAACAUAACU